CUGGCACAGACCGAGUGCAGGGUGAAGGAGAGAAGCAUAAGCUAAGAAUUCUUCUGGGGCUAAAUCGAGCCACCCUUUUGCAAGAAGGAAUCACCCUCAAGCUGCUUCCCAGAAAUGAAUACUGACCAUGGGAACUGUGUGGGUCUCUGCACACAGCUGUGUAGAGGUUGACUUUCUGGGGUACAAGCAGUUUGUGAUCCAAGCUGAGAAGGAAAAGACCUCUCUCUCUCUCUCUCUCUCUCUCAUUUACUGGCUGAAGUUUCUGUUAUUGGGUGCAGCAGCUGCGUCUCCCCUUUAUGUUCUGCAUCAGGGGCCCAGCAGCGGGGUGAGCAUUGCACGUAAGCCUUGGUGGGGACUCCAAGGGACUUCUCAGCAUCCAGGCCACUUGUUGCUCCGCUCCGUGGGCCAUCAUGGACAACAAUGGGUCGUGUUGUCUCCUGGAGGGAGACCCCAUCUCUCAGGUAAUGCCGCCACUGCUCAUUCUGGCCUUUGUGCUGGGCGCUCUGGGCAACGGGGUGGCCCUGUGCGGCUUCUGUUUCCACCUGAAGACCUGGAAAGCGAGCACUAUUUACCUUUUCAACCUGGCGGUGGCUGAUUUCCUCCUCCUCAUCUGCCUGCCCUUGAGGACGGAUUAUUACCUGCGCCAUCGCCACUGGGUGUUCCAGGACCUUGCUUGUCGCCUGGUGCUCUUCAUGCUGGCCACCAACAGAGCCGGGAGUAUUGUCUUCCUCACGGUGGUGGCCAUGGACAGGUAUUUCCGAGUGGUUCACCCCCACCACAGAGUGAAUACCAUUUCCACCCGGGCCGCGGCGGGCGCCGUCUCUGUCCUGUGGGCUCUGGUGGUGCUGGGGACGCUGUAUCUCCUGAUGGACAGCCACCUGUGCGCGCAGCCCCGUGCCACCUCGUGCGAGAGCUUCAUCAUGGAGUCGGCCAAUGGCUGGCAUGACAUCAUGUUCCAGCUGGAGUUCUUCCUGCCCCUCGCCAUCAUCGUGUUUUGCUCCCUGAAGGUGGUGUGGCGCCUCCGGCAGAGGCAGCAGCUGGCCAGACAGAGCCGGGUGAGAAAAGCCACGCGCCUCAUCAUGGUGGUGGCCACUGUGUUCAUUACAUGCUACCUGCCCAGCGUGCUGGCCAGGCUGUAUUUCCUGUGGACAGUGUCCUCCAGCGCCUGUGACCCAUCAGUCCACAUGGCCCUCCACGUCACGCUCAGCUUCACCUAUCUCAACAGCAUGUUGGACCCUCUGGUGUAUUAUUUUUCCAGCCCCUCAUUCCCCAAAUUGUACACCAAGCUCAGAAUCUGCAGGUCGAGGCCCACACGGCCAGGAAACACCAGGGCUCAAAGGCCAGACGAGAUGGCAGUUUCAAACCUGUGUCCUAAGAGUUGCUUGAGGGUGAAGAGUUUCCAAAAGCCAUCGGAUGUGCCGCGGGACUUGCAAAUGCUGAAUGGCAUGAACACUGCCGGGCAGGCAGAUGGGCGAGAACGAGGGGCUUUGAAAAUGCCCACCACUCUUCCUUAGCUGCUUCAUUCUCUCUCUGUGGGACAUGAGCUCCACCUUGCUCUACCUUUUGGAGGGUUCCAGUUGAUCAAAGUGAGUCAAUUGCCUUUUUUUUUCCCCCCUGACAGUCCUGGGGCUUGAACUCAGGGC